ACUAAGCCAUUCAUGUACUGUUAUGGUUUUUAUUUUUCAGUAUUUAUCAGCAUCUAAUUCUGUGUGGAGCCUCUGUGUUGUUCUUAUGAACAGAAAUUGUUCCAAAGAAGGAAUUGGGUGAGUACUAUUUUUUUUUUUGAUAAGCCAUUUGGGUGAGUACUAUUAUCUUAGAGAUGAAGUUCUGCAAGAAAUACCAGGAGUACGUGAAGGGUCAAGAGAAGAAGCUACCUACGCUUGGUAUCAAGAAGCUUAAGAAGAUUUUGAAGAAAUGCAGAGGAGAUUGUCAACGAGGCAGGCCUGAUGCUAAUGGGUUUCUCAACAUCCAAAAUUGCCCCCAGCAAUGCCCAGUGUGCGAUGGUACCUUCUUCCCUUCCCUGCUUGAGGAAAUGUCAGCUGUGGUAGGCUGUUUCAAUGAGCGUGCGCAGAAAUUGCUUGAUCUACAUCUUGCACCUGGCCUUAAGAAGUACUUUUUUUGGUUUAAAUCCAAGCUGAAAAGAAACCAUGUUGCUUUGGUUCAAGAAGGGAAGGACUUGGUCACCUAUGCAUUGAUCAAUGCUAUUGCACUUCGUAAAAUACUGAAGAAAUAUGACAAGGUUCAUUACUCCAAGCAAGGGCAGGCCUUCAAGUCGCAAGUUCAGAGUAUGCACAUUGAAAUUCUUCAGUCACCAUGGCUCUGUGAACUUAUGGCUUUCCAUAUCAAUUUGAGGGAAAGUGAAGCCAAAACCAAACCAAGGACUGCUCCCUCUUUGUUUGAGGGUUGUUACCUUCAAUUCAACGAUGGCAAGCCUUCACUCUGUUGUGAGCUCUUUGAUUCUGUCAAGGCUGACAUUGACCUCACUUGUUCUAUAUGCUUGGAUACAGUAUUUGAUCCAGUUUCACUGACAUGUGGCCACAUAUUCUGCUACAUGUGUGCUUGCUCAGCUGCAUCAGUGGAUAUUGUAGAUGGACUAAAAGCAGUUGAGCAUAAAGAAAAGUGUCCUCUAUGCCGAGAGACAGGAGUGCAUGAAGGUGCUGUGCAUUUGGAAGAGCUUAACAUUUUAUUAAGCAGAAGAUGUCAAGAGUACUGGGAGCAGAGGCGUGAGACAGAAAGAGUAGAGAGGAUUAAGCAGCAGAAGGAGCACUGGGAAUUCUUGUGUCGGGCAUUCACUGGUGUCUAGUUUGGCAGUUCUUUCUAAUUUCUAUUCUCGUACUCAGUCAGGUUAAGAGAUCCUGAGAUCCUAGACUUUAGGUGUUUUGAUUUUCAGUUGCUUAAUAAUGCUCUGCUUUGAAUCUCUAAAACUAACUCAUGUUCAUUCCAUAAUAAAUUUUGUAAAUAUUC